GCUCAACACGCCGCGCGCAUCGUUUCUUUUCCUCCGCCGCUUGGCCAAUUUUGCUUGUUUCCCCGGAUAAUCCGAUAAUCCCGACCCAACGACUAUGUUCCCGCAACGCAGCUCCGAGGUCUACCGCACUCCGGUGACCCACCAACCGCCGCCGGCUUUGGAGCUGGCCACCAGCCUGGAGUACCCGAAUCUCAAUGUUGCCGAUCUGAAUGCGCGCCUGGAGAACCUGUCGCCGCGACUCCACGACUGCUGGGACAGCAUCGCGGUCAACGAACACAACCACUACGCACUGGCCACCAACCGGCGCGAGGGACGCCACUGGUGGGGCAUGUUCUUCGGCUACGAACGCAGCCAGGUGAACCACAUGACCGUGGACAAUGCGGACUUCAAGCUGCAGGCCGAGCACACGGUGAACAUUGUGCGCUAUGCGGAGAACAAUGUGCUCCUGGUGGCCCUGGGCGAUACGCGCCUCCAGGCCUGGUCCACCUACUCCAAGGUGCGCAAUCCGCAGCAUCCCUACUGCCUCUUCCUGGUGGGCGAGUCCUCGGCCCAUCCCACGCCCAUCAGCCAGCUGAGCGUUUUCAAGGCGGAUCCGCGAAGAGCCGUCUCGGGAUCAGCGGAUGGGACUCUCAAUGUCUGGGACCUUUCGGGCGCCGAUCUGGUGAGCUCCUACCAUUCGCGCUCCGCUCACACCGACAAGAUGACCGCCCUGGCCACGCCCUCAGCCUCGGCGGACAGAUUUGUGACCUGCGACCGCGGCGGCUGCGCCCGCCUCUGGGAUGUCCGGGCAGCGGCUCCCUCCUCCACGUGCCUCUAUGCGGACUCCUCUCAUCUGCUCAGCUUCACGACCGCCGCCUGGGCAGCACCAACUGAGCUGCAGGGCGACAAUUAUGUUUAUCUCGGCGACUACGACGGCAAGGUUCAUACUCUGGACAUCCGAGUGCCGCGUAAACUGGCGGAAAGUCGGGAAUACUUCACCAAGGGACAUGUAUCGCAACUUCUAAUCAAUGGGCAUUAUCUGGCUGCCAUGAGCAAUUUGCCCGCCGCGGUGAAGGUGGUCGAUGUGCAGGCCAACCACGAGGUCAUCUACACGCACCAGGACACCCAUUCUCGCCUCACCGACGCCGUUUGGAGCGAUGAUAGCACCCUCAUUACCAUCGGGCAUGGCCGCAAAAUGGUCACACAUUCGAUCAAGUAACUUUGCUGGAGAUCCUGUGAUGUUCUUAAGUUUUUUUCCUUUUUUUAAGACCUACGUUGCAUUUAUACUAUGCUUGGCCUGACUGAGGUGCUAUGACGCUUAUACAACGCUUUUUUUUACUUAACUAUAAGUAAAUGUAUAUAAGUAUUACACAAAUUGUAACCCUAAACAUCUUGACGUUGAAAAUACAAAUGUACAUAAGCUAUUCAAA